AUGAGUGCCUCCAUUCGCGUCCCGCUUAUCUUCGGUACGAUGACCAUGGGGGCUCCUGGCUCUCAAGGCAGCGUGCGCAACACCGAUAUUGCGGAGUGCACAGAAAUCCUCAAGGUGUUUGCCAGCUACGGUCAGAAAGAAAUCGAUACUGCACGUAUGUAUGGCGGAGGGACAACAGAGGAGUAUCUGGCGCAGAUCGACCUCGGGGACUCCACCAUCGACACCAAAGUAUACCCUGUCAAAGCAGGAGACCACAAACCCGAGAAUCUUCGGGCAACUUUCUUUACAUCUCUCAAAGCUCUGAAUCGCAAGAAGGUGAGGGUGCUCUACCUCCAUGCACCAGAUCGCAGCGUUCCUUUCGAGGAGACCCUUGAAGAAAUGAAUAAAUUGUACAACGAAGGAUACUACGAGAUAUUCGGCCUUUCUAACUUCGCGUCUUGGGAGGUCGCUGAGGUUGUGAGCAUCUGCAAGGCGAAGAACUGGAUCCAACCAAAAAUAUACCAAGCGAUGUACAACGCCAUUACACGUGCCAUAGAGCCCGAGCUUGUGCCAUGUUGCCGCAAAUUUGGUAUCAGAAUUGUUAUUUAUAACCCCCUUGCUGGGGGCCUCUUCGCUGGAAAGGUUACAUCUCUUACCGAUGUUCCAACAGACGGACGGUUCAACGAUUCGACACCUUCGGGAAAGAUGUACCGGGAGAGAUACUUGCGCCAAGGCAAUUUUGACGCUUUGAAUGUCGUCAAGCAGGUUUCUGAAAAACAUGGUCUUCGGUUGACGGAAGUCGCUUUGCGGUGGUGCCAACACCACUCAGUUCUGGGCCCAAGUGACGGAAUAAUCUUGGGGGCGAGCAGUGCAGAACAGCUUAAGAUGAAUUUGGAAGAUUCUUCCAAAGGGGCACUGCCAGAAGAUGUGGUGAAGGCCCUUGACGAGGCUUGGAAUAUAACCCGGAGCACAGCCAGUACUUAUUGGAGAUGA